AUGAACACUGACCUCGAUUUUUGGCAAUUUCGCAAGUUGCAUGAUAAAAACGACACCCUGCUGGACAAAGUUGAGAAACAAUUGUUUAGAUAUGCUCUUCCGAAUCUGCCACUGUGGGGGCCCCUUGCUCCUGCGCACGACUGCACCAAUCUGCGUGCAUUGAUGGGUUUUGCUCAGUCGUAUGUGGGGCUAUCUCUGAUCAUGAGGAUUGGGGGGUUGAAAGGGCUGCCUGUCUUGCGUCGAGUGACUUCGUCGUUUGUGCGCAUAGUGGUUGGCUGUGGGUUUAUCUACGGGGGUUCGACAGAGUUGAACAACGCCUGGAACCCUUACAAUAACCCGUUGUAUGUGGAGACGUGCUUUGCUCGCGAUAAGGCUCUCCAGGACGGCGAGGAAAGCACCUAUUGGCUGGGCCCGAAAAAUUUCAUGCCCAUGACGGUUUCGCAGUACUACAACAUGAAGUGGAUGCAGGUUCUCACCACGACAGAUGUGGAGAAGGUGAGUCGGUCGAAAAUCAUGGAGCAGUACUCCGAGCACCACGAAAAACUGAGACUUUCGCUGGAAAAGACAGGAACGCUUGGUGCGCGGGUCCAGGAGAUCUCGAGCCGUCCAGCGCCAGCACGCGCCGUGCGCAAAGAGGAGGUGAGCUCGAUCAUGGGCGUGUUCCACACGGACGAAGACCUAAGUGACCCUGCUGUUGUGGAAAAAUACUGGUUUGAUAACCACCCGUGGAUCAAGCUGCAGGUUCUUACUAACACAAUGUAUCUUGCAUCCAACAUUCCACGUGUUGCGCACAUUGAGGAGCAGGAACAACAAGAACAACAACAAGAACAACAAGAAUUACAAGAACAAGUCACGACUGAUGAAUAA